AUGGAAUCCAAAAGAAGUGUAUCUUCAAGGCACCAUGGUCUCAGCUCCUAUGAAGUUCUAUUUGCAGCUCUCUUUGCCAUGUUGGUGGUGCUCUCUGCUGGAUUAAUUGCAGUGUCUUGGCUGGCAAUCAAUGCCUCAGAGACAGAUCCAGUAUUUGGAGACAGUCAUGAAGCCAGAGGAACUUUUAAGAUAACAUCUGGAGCUACAUAUAAUCCUAAUUUGCAAGAUAAACUGUCAAUGGAUUUCAAAGUCCUUGCUUUUGACCUUCAGCAAAUGAUAGAUGAGAUCUUUCAAUCAAGUAACUUGAAGAAUGAAUAUAAGAACUCAAGAGUUUUACAAUUUGAAAAUGGCAGCAUUAUAGUCUUAUUUGACCUUUUCUUCGCCCAGUGGGUGUCAGAUGAAAAUGUAAAAAAUGAACUGAUUCAAGGCAUUGAAGCGAAUCAAUCCAGCCAACUGGUCACUUUCCGGAUUGAUUUGAGCAGCAUCAACAUCACAGCACCUUCCCUGAUCUUGAUCUGGAGCACAUCUGGAAAUCUUUCAAUAGAGUGUCUGCCUGGUUCAAGACCUUGUGCUGAUGGUGUAACUUGCAUAGCCGAUGAUUUAUUUUGUGAUGGAAAAGUAGACUGCCAAGAUGGUUAUGAUGAAGACAAUAACAUUUGUGCCACAGCUUGUGAUGGACAAUUUUUGUUGACUGGAUCUUCUGGAUCUUUCCAGGCUGACCAUUAUCCAAAGCCUUCUGGAUCAAGUAUUGUUUGUCAGUGGAUUAUACAGGUAAACCAAGGACUGUCUAUUAAACUGAGCUUCGAUUCUUUUAAUACGUAUUAUACAGACCUGUUAAACAUUUAUGAAGGUGUAGGUCCAAGCAAGAUUUUAAGAGCUUCCUUUUCAGAAACUAAUCCUGGCACAAUUAGGAUUUUUUCCAACCAAGUUACUGUCACAUUUACUAUAGAAUCUGAUGAAAAUGAUUAUAUUGGUUUUCAUGCAACAUACAGUGCAUUUAACACCAGUGAGCUUAACAAUUAUGAAAAAAUUAACUGUAAUUUUGAGGAUGGCUUUUGUUUCUGGGUCCAGGAUUUAAAUGAUGAUAACGAAUGGGAAAGAAUUCAGGGGAGCACUUUUCCUCCCUUUACUGGACCAAAUUUUGACCAUACUUUUGGCAAUGCUUCAGGAUUUUACAUUUCUACCCCAACUGGACCAGGAGGGAGACAAGAAACAGUGAUACUUUUAAGUCUUCCUUUAGACCGUACUUUGGACCCAGUCUGCCUUAGUUUCUGGUACUAUAUGUAUGGUGAAAAUGUUUAUAAAUUAAGCAUUAAUAUCAGCAAUGAUCAAAAUAUAGAGAAGACAGUUUUCCAAAAGGAAGGAAAUUAUGGAGAAAAUUGGAAUUAUGGACAAGUAACAUUAAAUGAAACAGUGGAAUUCAAGGUUGCCUUUAAUGCUUUUAAAAGACAGUUACUAAGUGAUAUAGCACUGGAUGACAUUAGUCUAACACAAGGGGUUUGCAAUGAAAGUCUUUAUCCAGAACCAACUUUGGUCCCAACUCCACCACCAGAACUUCCUACUGACUGCGGGGGGCCUUUUGAACUCUGGGAGCCAAAUACGACAUUCAGCUCCACAAACUUCCCAGACGACUACCCCAAUCAGGCUUUCUGUGUUUGGUAUUUAAAUGCAGAAACUGGAAAGAAUAUACACCUUCAUUUUCAAGAAUUUGACUUAGAAAAUAUUGAAGAUGUGGUUGAAAUUCGAGAUGGUGGUGAAGAUGAUUCUUUGCUCCUAGCUGUGUACACAGGGUCUGGUCCUGUGGAGGAUGUGUUCUCUACCACCAGUAGAAUGACAGUUCUUUUCAUAACUGACACAUCAGUGGCAAGAAGUGGCUUUAAAGCAAACUUCACUACUGGCUACCACUUGGGAAUUCCAGAGCCCUGCCAGGAAGAGAGCUUUCAGUGUGAAAAUGGAGAGUGUAUUCCCUUAUUGAAUCUCUGUGAUGGUCACCCACACUGUAAUGAUGGCUCAGAUGAAGCAAACUGUGUACGUCUUUUCAAUGGCACAACAGACCAUGAUGGUUUGGUGCAGUUCAGAAUUCAGAGUGUAUGGCACGUAGCUUGCGCUGACAACUGGACCACCCAGAUUUCAAAUGAUGUUUGUCAGUUGCUUGGGCUGGGAAAUGAAAACUCAUCAACGGCAAUCUUCUCUACUGAAACUGGACCAUUUGUGAAAUUAAACACAGCACCUAAUGGUAGCUUAAUUCUAACACCAAGUUCACAAUGUUUACAAGAUUCCCUCAUCCUGUUACAGUGUAACCAUAAGUUAUGUGGAACAAAGCUAGUGGCCCAAGACGUCAGUCCCAGGAUUGUUGGAGGGACUAAUGCCAACGAGGGGGCCUGGCCCUGGAUUGUUGCUCUGUACUACAACGGACAACUGCUCUGCGGUGCAUCUCUAGUUAGCAGAGACUGGCUGGUGUCUGCUGCCCACUGUGUGUAUGGGAGAAAUAUGGAGCCAACUAGAUGGACAGCAAUCCUAGGACUUCAUAUGACAUCAAAUCUGACUUCUCCUCACAUAGUAACCAGGCGGAUAGAUGAAAUUGUCAUAAACCCACAUUAUAAUGAACGAAGAAAGAACAGUGACAUUGCCAUGAUGCAUCUCGAAUUUAAAGUGAAUUACACAGACUAUAUACAACCUAUCUGUUUACCAGAAGAAAAUCAAGUUUUAUCUCCAGGAAAGAAUUGUUCUAUUGCUGGCUGGGGAAGGCUUAUAUAUCAAGGUCUCACUGCAGAUAUAUUGCAAGAAGCUGAUGUUCCUCUUCUGUCAAAUGAGAAAUGUCAACAACAGAUGCCAGAAUAUAGCAUUACUGAAAAUAUGGUAUGUGCAGGCUAUGAAGAAGGAGGAAUAGACACUUGUCAGGGGGAUUCGGGAGGACCACUGAUGUGCCAAGAAAACAACAGGUGGUUUCUUGCUGGUGUGACGUCAUUUGGAUACCAGUGUGCCCGGCCUAAUCGUCCAGGGGUGUAUGUGCGAGUUCCAAGGUUCACAGAAUGGAUACAAAAUUUUCUAGAUUAG